GCAUGACAUCGAGACCUCCUUCCUCGUGAAGCGUGGAUGGUUUGUUCUUGCCAGAGUCGUGACAUGAAGGCCGUGACUUCCUCAGAAAUGGUCUCUCUCUUUCUCUCUCUCAAAUCAUUCAACAUGCUCUACCUUUAUCUGCAUGUCUCUUCUCUCCUUGGAACGAUCACUGCCGGGCCUCCUUCGAUUUUCCCACAUCAGUUGAGCUUGCUCGAGUUCCACAACCACCCCCACAUUCAGAAUGUUUGGGUUUCUUAUCUUCACAAUCCUUCUUCAGCCCUUGGGAAUCUUGGGCAUCCCCAAUCAGCUGAGAGAUGACGGCGUCUCAAGUACUUUGACUGUGACCGUUCACAAUGCCACAUCUACAAGCUACGUCACGUUGAGCACCGGCGAAGUCCCGGCAUAUAGCCAACCCCACAGGACCACCAUUAGCCCUAGUGAUUUCUCGACUGUCACUAUACCUGACCCAACCUUUACAGCCAUUGCUGUUCGCGGCGGCUCUCCUAUUCAUCUUCUGCCCAUAAAUGCUGUGAGACAAAGAUUCUUCGUGGGACACCAAGUCAGAACCUUUUGCCCAGAAAACGUCGAGCGAUACGAUGCUUGCCCGCCUGGGGGUCUCACAGCUUUUACUCUUUGUUCAAUGGCGGUCCUUCACCCUGGCGGCCAGUCUCUCUGGGCAACACCAGACGGUACCUUGGGGUAUACCUAUCCGCAUUCGGGUAUCUUCCCCAUGGGCGGAGAAGCAUGUCCCUUCACCUACACCGAGGAUCAAGAGUCAGGUUUUGGACAGCUGACCUCGAAUCUCCACAACGCCACCGGUCUGCAGGCUUGUCCAACUAUCGACGGCAGAUGGCAAGUCUUCUUGAAGAUUGAGGGGUCCGACGUCCCUGGAUACAAGUCAGAGGAGUGCCUGGAAUUCGAGGCUUUUGCAGUAGAAUACCACGGACCAGUUCCUGCUUGGGAAUAUGCAUGA